AAAAACAAAACAAACCAUCGACUUUUGGCUGCUAAAAUGCAAAAAGUUAAUAAACAUAAAUAAGUUUUAAAAAUAUAAUUAAGCAAAGAACCUGGUGCAAAUGCUGCUGGAAAAGAUAAGUUUAUAAUUAAUAAAACAAGAAACCAACAAACCUGCCUUUGAAAUGGAAGAGUUUGAUUUAUAUGGAGACUUGGAGUUACUCCAUGCUGAGGAAAAGCAAAAUGCUAUUGAAGAUUUAAAGUGGAAGGAUAAAUAUAAAGUUGCCUUGAUAACAAUUGAGAAGCUCCAAGCCGACAACAAGGAUCUGAAGAAAAAAAUAAAACAUUUGGAAAUUAAUUUUGCAAGUCUUUUCGAUACAGCUCGAACGGAGAUCAAGAGGAAGGACAAUCUCAUUUGUGAACUCCGAAAGCAGAAAGAUGACAUAUGCUUCCGGCGAAGUAAGCCGCAGUUUUCUGGCAAACAAUACGACGAACAUUCAGAUGUUCGCCGGGCUGCGUCUAGUGAGAGUAUUCAUGUGAAUCCAUUUUCACGACAGGCCAGAAAAGCAAAUACCCCGAAUAGCGAUGGUUCAAAACCAUUUUUAGAUGAAAAACUUCCUUCGAUAUAUGAAAAUGGUAAACGAAAACAUGAAGCUCCAAGAGAUGUUUCUCAUGAGACAGAUGAAAGUCGAGGCAGACGCAGGGAUCGUUCCGAAGAUGACAGAGUUGAAAAUCAGGAUAGGCGAAGAGAUCGUUCGAAGGACGAAAGAGAUGAAAGGCGAGAAAGACGCAGAGAUCGUUCGCAAGAUGAUAGAAUUGAGAGCCAGGAUAGACUAACAGUACAUUCGAAAGUCGAAAGAGAUGAAAGGCGAGAAAGACGCAGAGAUCGUUCGCAAGAUGACAGAGUUGAAAGUCAGGAUAGACGCAGAGAUCGUUCGAAUGACGAUAUAGAUGAAAAUCGAGGUAGACACAAAAAUCGUUUGAAGGACGAUAAAGAUGAAAGUCGAGAACGACACAGAGACAGCUAUCGUUCGAAAAACGAAAGAGAUGAAAGUCAGGAUAUAUACAGAAAUCGUUCUAAAGACGAUAAAGAUGGAAGUCGAGAAAAACAGACAAAUCCUUCGAAAGACUACAGAGAUGAAAGUCAUGAAAGACAUAGAGAGAGCUAUCGUUUGAAGGACGAACAAGAUGAAAGACGUAGAAAUCGUUCGAAAGACAGAAGCCGACAUCGAAAUCGAAGCAGAGAUCGAGUAGAUGAGGAGAGAAGUCGACAACGUUGUGAUGAUCGUUAUGAUAUAAAGAACAGAGAUCGGUUGGAAGAUGGUAAAUCCGACAGGAGCAAAGAAAGGUCGGAUCGUAAAAAGGAGAAGAAGAGUGACAAAAAACAAAAGAGACAUGAACGAGAUGUAUCGCAAACUAGAAGUUCAGACAGUAGCUGGGAUAAACACGCCAAGGUGCAUUGUCAUUCUCUACCGAUGAACUACACAAACGAUGAAAAAACAAACGUGUCUUCUAAUAAAUUUGAGCCAACAAAACAUGAAGAAAAACCAAACGAUUCAUUCAAAUCUAACACCGGCGAUCCUCCAAAAGACAUAACUAAUGGUUCAAAAACAGAUAUGAAUCAACUGAAAAAUGUCGUUCCCUGUCCUAAUGAUAGUGAAAAGCAGCGAGAGAAUUCCAAAAUAGAAAUUUUGCAAAUUGAAAUAUUAAAAGAUGUCAAGGAAUUUAAGAAAAACAAAUUAAAAGCUGAAAAAAUACCAAAACCAGAUCCAGUCAAUCCAGCUGACGUUGCAAUAGAAAAAUCAAAUCAAUUUCUUGAAGCCUUAUUUGAUGACUCAAUAAUGAAUAGAUCGCAGGAACCUAACAAUGAUUUGUAUGAUGAUUUGUUAACUUCAAACCACCAACCAUCUGAUUCAAUACCUGAAAGCAGUAAAAAAGAAAGUCACUUGCUGAAAGAUGAAAAUUGCAAUUUAAAUUUCCAUACUCCAGCACAGAGGAAAUCCAAUGCAAAGCUACUGGAUGAUCUUUUUGGUCCAUCACCAGCUGGCAGUUUGUGUCCAGCAGUAAGCAGUCAAAGUUCAAACAAAUCUGUAGGUGCAUCUCCCAGUGAUUCUGAUUUUGUUCUAAUUGCCAAACCAGUAGAAGAAAGCCAAAAAGAUGAAAUAACACAGUUAACUACAUUACCAAAGGUGCCUUUAGUUGAAGAAAUUGUGAUCGAUGAUAGUUGUAAUCAGAAUGAUGAAAAAAUCAACAAAGAAUGUUCUGAAAUGAAACCACCUACAAAGCCUGCUUCAGUAGGCUUUAAACAAUCAGAUUCGGAAAAUGACACAAAGAAAUUCUCAAAAAUUGAUGAAAAUUGCAAUUUCAAACAACAAACGCCUCAAAAACAAGUGAGCUCAAAUCUCAUGGAUGACCUUUUUGGUCCAUCGCCGGGAAGUAGUGUUCGUGUUCAAAAAAAUUCUGUCACAUCGAUGGAUGAAUCAUCAAGUGAUUUCUAUUUUGAACCAACUGUGAGUCGAGUAGAUGAAAAAAACCAAGAACCAAGAAAGAGUUUAUCGAAAAUUCCCAUUGAUGGUAGUUCUUCUGAUAAUGUUCAAUCAUAUAACGAAAAAAGUCAAGCCAUUGAAGCAGACGAAACAGUGGUGCCUUGUUCAUCAGAAAACACGACAAAAGGAAAUAUUCCCAGCAACAACACCAAAACAUUCAAAUUUGUUGAACUUGAUUCGAGCUUUUAUUCAAGUGACGAUGAAAUUAACGUCGAUUCGAUUGUAGAAAAUUGUAAAUCAACCAGAGCUGAAGUUGAGUCCCCACCAUUUGAAAAUAUUACGCCUCUUAAAAAUAUUGAAAAACUCGAAAAUGUCAGUUCUGAAGAAGAAGAAUCGAAUGUUUUAUCUAAUUCAGAUGAAAAUCUUUCACAAUCGAACUGUGUCCAAUCUACAACUGAAAGUGAGACAAAAAAAGCAAAAUGUAACAGCAAGGUCAAGCACAAGACUAAAAGGGACAAUUUUGAAAAAGAAAGAAAAAAGGACUCAAAAACUUGCCAUUACUCAUCUGAGAGGAACAAAGAAAGUGACAAAGACGACUCAAAUGAGGACUCCUUUUCUUCUAAACAUAGAUCGGAUAAAAGUCAACACCGAUCAAGAAGUGAAAAAGAAAGAAAACGCCAUCGUCAUGAUCACCAUUACCAUCAUCGCAGUAAUAAAGAACAUUCCAAGGAAUCAUCACAUACAAAAAGUCAUUCUUCGUCACAUAAUGGAGUUUCAAGAAAACGUGACAAAAACCAUCGUGACAGAAAUGAGAGAGAAAAUCGUGAAAAAUACGAUUUAAUAUCUUCAAAAAAUGAAGUUCCUAAAUCUAGAUCUAGUCCUUUGUUCUUAUAUUAUGAUGAUGAUUCUGCAAAGGAUUCUUUACAAAACCAAAAAACUGCAGAUUCGGAUCAAGUGUUUUUCUUACACUGUGAUGAUAUAUCAUCGGAUGAUGAUAGCAUUGGAAAUGAAUCAAAUUCAGCAAAUGAUAAAAAUAAACAGAAUAAUUCAAAAGAAAAAUUAACUGAUGAAAUAGAGUUGAAUAGAAAUACGAUAGAUAUCGAGAAACCUCAAAUCACCAACGAUUUCGAGUCAAAUAAAGAAGUUGCUGAUACAUUUGAAUCCGAUGAUAAAGAAGUGAACUCUAAUGUUUUAUCCAAACAUGAAGAUAGAAUGGAAACAGAAUGUAAUGUUUUAACAUUAGAACCAGAAUCACAAAACAAGGAUCUUGGUCUUGAAAAUGUUAAAGAAACAUCAAGUUCUACGAUAGAGGAAAACCCUGCUGCUUGCGCAUUUGUUGACACAUCUAUCUGUGAUAUUAAACUUAAAAGUAACAAAAUUACAAAUGAUGACGCUACUCACUGCUCUGAAGAUGUUUGCGACGUUAAUAAUGAUCAACAAUUUUCUGAACAUCAUGAGAGUAUCCAAAAAUACUCGACAAAAGAAAAUGAUGAUAUUGAGAUACAAAAUAUUGAAAACGUGCAAACCAAUGUGGACAAUUCAAAUGAGUCUAAGGAACAAGAAAAGUCUGAAAAUCACAUAGAGGACCAAGUAACACACACAAAUAGUUUAAAAACAGAUGAAAAAAUGUCUCUAGAUGAAGGCUCUAGUGGUGCUGAAAAUUUCUGUUCAGUAGAAAUGGAAUCAGAACAUGAAAACAUUCAUAAAAACGAAGGCCACUCUGAUCUGCUUAAUUCAAUAAAUUCAUUGGGGCCAACAAGUCAUCAUGAUGAAAUAAACAACAGCCCAAACGUGCCAGAUACGAAACAAUCAACAAUUGAAGAAAAUGAUAAACAUAGCCCACUUGAUGAUGAUAAGAUAGAAAAAGAUCUUAAUUCAAACGGCGAGGCUAGCGGAAAUAAUUUUGAAAAUUCUACUCCUGAUGAAGAGUUGAGAACUUGUAUUGCGGAACCUGUCAGCAUCCAAGAUGUUAGCGGAAAUAAUUUUGAAAAUGUUACUCCACACGAAGACCUUAAGACUUGUAUUGCAGAACGUGUCAGCGUCGAAAAUUCAUCUGAUAUUCAAUUGUUAGCUAUUGAUUCCGAUAAAUCCGCUCAAGAGGCUGCACUACCAAUCGACGACAUACAAAGUCAAACAAAUUCUCAAGAGAUAACUUUCCUAAAUUCCAACAAAUCUACCGAAUUAUCACCGAAGAAAACAGACAUCAAUAAGGAAGAACAUUUUACUAAUCUUCCAGUAGAACAAAUUUCGGAAACAACAACAACAAUAAUAACAACAACAAAUGACGCAGCAUCAUGUUCAAAUUCAGCAGAAUUUCCUUCUUCACAUGUGUCUCCACUGAAAUUGCAUAAUUCAGCAGAUGAACUUGAAAGUUUGCAUUCUAACUCAAGCCUUGUUUCAUCAGGUCGACGAAGAAAAAUAAAAACUCCACGAAAACGUACAGAUGUCUGUCUCUAUAAGAACGAUUCAAAUAGAAUAAUGACAAUGAUAUCAGAUCGAUAUGCAACAUCUAAUCAGGUUUCUUGUUUGGUAGAGUCUGAUUCUAGUUUGUUAUCGGCUGAAGGUCCCUUUAAGCCACAUUCACCAAAUAAAGACACAGGGUGCUUAAAACAAAAUGAAAUAUCAGCAAUAGAAGAUUCGAAAGGUACUUUAAAAAACGUAGAAAAACAAGAAGACCAGAAGCCAGAAUACUCUUCGAAAGAGAUACUAUAUGACUCAAACAAUCAAAAUAAAAGUUUGCCAUCGCUUUCAUCAACCGAAGAGCUGCCAACGGGCUUACCAAACCUCGAUGAUAUGCCCUUAAAUUUAUGUUCAAACCCUAACCAUGAAAAAAAGGAGAAACAUGGUCUUUCAACGUCUUUUUCCCCAAGUACAGUAAAGGAAAUUCUAGUUAAGAACUCGGAAGAAGUUUGCAGGAACUCAGAGAAGACUGAAAAUGUACAUACAAAAUCAUCUGCCGAAAAAGAAAAACCCCUUGACACCGGUUUAUAUCAAGAAGAAAAGAAUAAGGAGGACCAAGCGAAUGAAAACAUUUUAGAAUCACAUUCCAUUACAAUAAAAAGAAAUAGAAGCAAAAAGAAAGUAAUUACGAAUCCAACAGAAAUUGUUGAAAAAACAUUUGAAACAAGUGAAGAUGUAAACGUUAAAAAUAAUACUCCCUAUUCUGAAUUAAUCAAACAAAUUGAGACGAAGAAUAUCAAAGUAGGUUUCAAUGAUAAUCUUAACUUCGAUUAUCUAAAAGAAACUAAUAAAGUAUUCGAUAAAUUUUGCACUUCGUCUGCAAUCUUGGCAAGUUCAGGCUCGAUAUCAACAUUAACUCAACAACAAAACACACAACAUCAGAUGAUGAAACAUUUCAUGGACUCGGAUCACUCGUUUGUUGGAACAUGUGAAUACCCAGCAGGUAUAUAUUGUGACGAAGUUUUGGAAAUAAAACCGAAACAAAAAACCGCGAAAAGGGGAAGGCCCAGAAAAAAUCCAUCUGUGGAUAAUAUCGAUAGUGAACUUAAAAAGAAAUCAACUGAAAGUUCCUCAGCAAGUGAAACAACAAAAGUUACUGUUAAACGGAAGUACACAAAAAAAGCGAAAAAAAUUCCCGAUACAAGUUCUAAAAGCAAUGAAGAAGUUUUCAACAGCCGUAUAAGCAAAGAAUCGAAAAUAUUGUCAAAUGAUGUUGAUAACAAUCAAGAUUCAUCAAAAACUUUGGAACAUUUUCAAUUAGACGAACCGUGUGAUUAUCCAUCGGCGAUAAAUUCAGGCGAAAUUGUUGAAACAAAAUUGAAUGAAACAAGUGUUAAGAAAAAAAGGCGUAAAAGUACAACCACUACGCUAGAAAACUCAGAAAGUUUGUGUGACGUACUGAAAUCUCAAGUCAAAAGAAAGUAUAAUAAGAAAAAUAGACAAAUUCUUGAUAGUUCCAAUAGCAAUGAAGAUUUGGAAGCUACAAGCUCCAUUUUAAGCCAAGAAACAAUAACAGUGCCAAAGGAUCAAGAUGAAGAUGAAAACAAACAAAAAACAAUAGGAGAUAUAAAAAGCAUCGAGUCCAAAGAACCUGUAAAGAAGAGAAAAUACAAGAUGACUAAUUUAAAUAGUUCUUCAGAUUCUAAUAAAAGCGAUAAAUUGAAUGAAAACCCGUCUUUUUUGAACCCACUUGGAUCUACAAUACAUUCUGAGAAAGUUCUUGAUCAAAUACAUAUUUUACCACCAACUGACGAUAGAGUUGACGAAAUACCUCCCUCCUGUAAUGAAACUACAGACCAGCCUUCGGAAAAAUCUUCAACAACUUUAUCAGAUGAAAAGGAACUAAACCAAACAAUCGGUUGUUCUCUGAAUAAUUCUAUAUCUGGAGAGGAAAAAGAUCACGAUUCAUGUAUUAAUAAAAAUAAAAAGACAAAGAAGCAAAGAAAACGAAAACUAUCUCGAUCAUCCGAUACAAAAUCAGAUGAACUCAUAGUUGAAGCAAAACGUUCCAAAAAUUCUCCUACAAAUACUUCUCGACCUUUGAUCGAAGCAUCUUGCCCUGUUUCGGGAGAAUCGGUUCAACCAGAAUCAAUAAAACAGCAGCACCAGCGAUCCCCACGAUGCACCGAAAAUUCGGUUUCUAUAGCUUUAACACCAACUCAUCAUAAAAUAUUUUUAAACGAUGUCUUCCCAAAUGAUCCACCACCGGUUUAUAAAGCCAACGAUGAUGAUCUUCAGUAUCAUGAAAUUGACGAUCGUCUACGUUCAAUGUUUCAAUCACCGUCUUACACUCCUUCGUCGAAUGUGGAAUUACCAAUUGAAAAGGUAAACGAUGACGUCGACAUAAAUGUCACAUGUGAAGGGAAUCUAACAGUUGAGGAGACAUUAAAUGAAAGUGAGAAUAUUUUGGUCGAUGAAACAUUGGAUCAAAGUGAGACAACAAAAUGUGACAUAUCGGCGGGUUCGAGAAAGGUUAUGCUUGGCUCAAAUGAAUAUGUUAUUGAGUCAAUUGGGUCACAUACUGCAAAUGUAUUUAUCACACGUAAAAAAUCUAAAAAACGUACAAAAAGUGUUGCCGCCACUUCGGUGGUGUAGAAUAAGUUCAUACUAUUCAUUAAAACUAUUGUUUUGUUUAUAAAGUUUGAAUAAAUAUUUUAUUAUUACACAAAAA